GCGUGGAAAUGAGUGCGUGCAACCACUUGUCCACUCCGCCACCGCCGGGCUUCUGUCGCAGGCUCCGGUCGAUAGUUCCGGAAGGAAUCACUGUUCUCCGAUCUGUUGUGUUACAGCGAAGCGGGUCCGAAGAGAAAAUAAAUCAAUAUACGUGGUGGGAUCAGGUCUUGUCUCCCAGAUUGUUAUGAACUUCCCAAACGCCGCCACGUUGGGCCCAGGCCAGCUCUCAGCCAUUGUGAAGGAGGAUUGUGUGUACACCAGCUGUUAUUGUGAAGAAAAUGUGUGGAAGCUUUGUGAAUAUAUAAAGAACAAAAGACAACAUCCUUUAGAAGAAUGGUAUGCUGUUUUCAUAUCAAAUGAUCAAAAGAUGGUGCCCAUCUGGAGACAGAGAUCGUGCCAUGAAGAUCAGCCUGUGAUUUGGGAUUACCACGUUAUCCUGCUCCACGAUUGUGGAGGGCAGCACUGUGAGGUUUAUGAUUUGGAUUCAACACUACCGUUUCCAUGUCCUAUUGAUAUUUACAUGAAAGAAGCCUUCCGAUCUGAAGACCACAUCAGACCAAUUUUUAGAAGGAAGAUGAGAGUUCUCAGAGCAGAUCUCUACCUGAAGACAUUUGCUUCAGAUCGGUCCCAUAUGAAAGAUGCUCAUGGAAUGUGGCGCAUGGCUCCUCCACCAUAUCCAUGCAUUCAGACUACAGAAGCACAAAUGAACCUGGAUGACUUCAUCAGUAUGAAUCUUGCUGUCGGAUGGGGCGAUGUUUAUACCUUCACUGAAUUUGUGCAACAGUUUGGAAGUACAAAGCAAUGACAUUUGGAACCAAAACAUUCUCAGCCUUUGGUCUGCAAGAUUUGAAGGAACUGCAUGAGAGAGAUAUAAAUCAUCUGACAGGAAGUACUUUGCGUAUUGAACAAAGGUGGGCUUUUUAAAAAACCUUUAGAUAGAAGGAAUGCAGCAGUUAAAGAAAGGUGAAUGAAAAUAUCAUUCAAACCAUGGCCAUUGGAAUUGUGAUUGACAAUAAACCCUCAAAUUGCAAGUAUUGCUCAAGAAUGAACUCUAUAUCAAAUGAAGACACUGUAAUGAACUGUUUCCUACAGUCUUAUAGUAUUUUUUCAGCACAUGGAACCUUGUACAGAUUGUCUGUUUUUGCAAUGGUAUCACAAAGAAAGGACCAACCCUAUCUGUUUAGUAUGUAAACCAAAGUUUUGUUAUCCACAUUGUAAAAUAAUCCAAUAAAAUGUAACCUUUUAACACUU